ACAAUCAGAAUGUGAUCAAUUGAUCAGUCGUCUGACCCUGCACAAUUACCAUUUUAUAACUGGCGCGAUGGCGCAAUUAACUACGGCGAGACAACUCUACUUCCUUUUCCGGUUUUGCCCACUGUCAAUCGCAGUCAUGGGUAUCAAGUAUAAUAUGGCUAUUGGCCUCAACAAGGGCCACAAGUCUAUUCUUUUGAAGGAUGGCAGAAAAACAAGGCCUACAAGAAGGAAGGGGGCGUUAACAAAGCAUGCAAGGUUUGUCAGAGAUUUGGUGAGGGAAAUUACUGGAUUCACUCCAUAUGAGAGGCGCAUGCAGGAAUUGCUGAGAAUUCAGAAAGACAAGAGAGCACUCAAAUUUGCCAAGAGAAGGCUUGGAUCACACAUUCGUGCCAAGAGAAAGAGGGAAGAAAUGCAAGCUGUCUUACAGAAAAUGAGAAAAGCCCAGAAAGAGCAGAAAUAAAGUUAUCCCCUCUGUA